AUGUUUAAAACGGAGAGUCAGCCUCCGUGGUUCAUACAAGAGGGCAUGCAAGCGUGGCGUACGGAAAUGGCUCUUCUCGAGACCGUACGGGAAUUCCCAGAGUUGGAUUUCAUCUGUCAAGCAAGGGGUUUUUAUCGACGGUUUUCCCGGGCUGGGGUUGAGGUCGGAGCUACAGGCGGUGGUCGUCACACGGACGGACGAGGUGAUAGAUCGGUGGGAAAGGGUUCACAGUGUUUGGCGGUCAUCAUGGAGGACGGGGAUGAACUUUGCGAAGAGGAAAAGAAGGAAAUCAUCUCCCACUACAUUUCUCUCUCCCGACGUCGAAUCCUACAUGGAGACGCCCAUCCGCGUAACUGGAUAAAAGUCGUCGACCCCAUUCUUCUGACUCAUCCGGGGCCUCCCCGUCGUCUUGGUCGACACCCCUAUCGGAUCAAGUUGAUCGAUUGGGGAUCUUCCCGCUUGGUACCUCCUGGUGACGAGUGGGGUGAUUGCAUGUUACGAGCUCAAGUGGAUGAGAUCAAAGACGCUUUUGAGCAUAAUGACGUUUAUAGGUUAUCGGCACCGCAGGAGGUCUAG